AUGGAGCAUUUUGACGAAACAAAUAACAAUUUAUCUUGGCAUUCAUUAGGAGAGAGAGUCAUAGAAGAAUACAAAAUUAUGAAAAAAAUAUACAAAAAUGCCAUUGAUAAAUUAACAGAAAGAGUUGAAACGUUUGUUGAAGAAGAAAUAAAUUCUCAUUACUCGGAUGUGGAUGUUACUGAUUUUAAAGAAGAUAUUGAAAAAUAUGACCAGUUAAUUGCUACAGGAAAAUUUUCACAAAAAAUUUUGGAAACAGGUGAAGAUUUGGUGGAAUAUUUUAUUAAGUUUAAGUAA